GCGGACGGCUGUUCCUUAGUCUUGUGAGCCGUCCUCCUCUCCGUUCCUCUACCUCGCGCAGCAUGUCGGGCCGCGGCAAGACAGGCGGUAAGGCCCGCGCCAAGGCCAAGUCGCGCUCCUCGCGAGCGGGCCUCCAGUUCCCCGUGGGCCGCGUGCACCGGCUGUUGCGGAAGGGACACUACGCCGAGCGGGUGGGCGCCGGCGCGCCGGUCUAUCUGGCGGCGGUGCUCGAGUACCUCACAGCCGAGAUCCUGGAGCUGGCGGGCAACGCGGCCCGCGACAACAAGAAGACGCGGAUCAUCCCCCGCCACCUGCAGCUGGCCAUCCGUAACGACGAGGAGCUCAACAAGCUGCUGGGCGGCGUGACGAUCGCCCAGGGAGGUGUCCUGCCCAACAUCCAGGCCGUACUGCUGCCCAAGAAGACCAGCGCCGCCGUGGGGCCGAAGGCGCCCGCGGGCGGCAAGAAGGCCACCCAGGCCUCGCAGGAGUACUGAGGGCGCCCGCGCCGCCGCCACCGCCGCCGCCCGGCCCCUCCCCUCGCCACCACAAAGGCCCUUUUAAGGGCCACCACAACGCUCACGGAAAGAGCUGGGCCACGUCGGGCUCCGGGCCGGGCGGCCGCGCACUCGCCCCCUCCGCGGCCCCGCCGCCGCCGCCGCCGUGCGGCCUGCCCCUCCCCCGCGCGGCUCGCUCCGGUCGUGGCUCGGCGGAGGACGGCCGUUUGAACGCCGCUCGGUGCCAGGAGCGAGCUCGUGACUCGGCCGGCCUGGCCCCCGAAUGCUGAUGGGCUGCGGGGAGGCCGCGGCACCUUCUAGAAGGCUGGGCCGGCCGCGCUGACGCAGGGCCGGGGCGCGUGGCGGGGAAGGUGAGUCGGUGCGGACGGCCGCCGGCGGGGCCGCGCGCGUUCCCCACCAGCCCGGUGCUCCGGACGGGACUCGGUUGCCGCCGACGGCGGCGGAGUCAGUCGGUCACUUCAUUUGUCCUGGGACGCCCUUUGCUGCCGGAUCCCGAGCCUUGCACGUCCGCGCUCCCUCCAUCUCCACUCGCAGGCCUGUGCGCGUCCCGGAAGGCACACUUCGCGGCGUGAGCAUCUCCCGCGGUGUCGGGUCCCGGCGGCGUGGGGGCUGCGGGAGUCCUGCCCCUGGACCCGCGCCCCUCCCGGCGUGUCCGCUCCGCAAGCCAAGCACCUAGAUACCAGCACUAGUCCGUUAAUCCCCAUCUGGACUGAGCCGCCGUUGGCCUCGGAACUGGAAUUUUGCAGCUAACCCAUCCAAGACAGUACUUUAGGUAUUGGGGAGUUUCAGAUGGACUAAUUUUGUUUAU